UUCACCAGGCUCAGCCCCCGCAGAGGAGGGAGAGGAUUUUUACCUGCACUGAGCUCCCCACCUGGCUGAGGCUAAGAGGAGCAGGCAAGAAACAAGCAGGAGAAGGCAGUGUCCCAGAGCAGCAUGGCAUCUCUGCUGCACAGCAUAGCCAGACCUUCUGCUGUCGUCCUGCAGCUCUCUGUGCUGCUUGGUAUAAUCUUUGUGCUGCUGAAGGUGCUCCAGUUCUACCGGGAGAGGAGGAAACUCAUCAAAGCUCUGGAGGCAUUCCCUGGCCCCCCCAAACACUGGCUCUAUGGCCACAAUCACCUGAUAUAUUCUGAAAAACUGUUACACCAGCUAGUGUCAUGGGGAGAAGAAUAUCCCUAUGCCUUUCCCAGAUGGUUUGGACCAGUCCUGCCUAUUCUAAUCAUCCACCAUCCUGAAUAUGCCAAAAGCAUACUUGGCCGAACGGAUCCCAAGGCUAGUGUACCCUACAAAUUCCUACUUCCCUGGAUUGGGAAGGGGCUGCUGGUCCUGGAAGGAAGCAAAUGGUUCCAGCACAGGAAGAUGCUCACCCCAGCCUUUCAUUAUGAUGUGCUGAAAUCUUACGUGACCCUGAUGUCAGACUCAGUCAAAGUGAUGCUGGAUAAAUGGGACAAGAGGAUCACAGAGAGGAAGUCAGUGGAGCUCUUUCAAGAUGUCAGCUUGAUGACACUAGACAGCAUCAUGAAAUGUGCCUUCAGUUUUAAUUCCAACUGUCAGACUCAGAGCAACUCCCACUAUUACAUUAGAGCUGUUUUUGACCUGAGCUACCUCCUGAGCAAUAGAAUCCAGACUUUUUCCUUCAAGGAUGUCUUCUACCAUUUCACUCGCAAAGGCCGUGAGUUUCAGGAUGCCUGCCAGCUGGCCCAUACCCACACAGAUAAGGUAAUACAAGAAAGAAAGAUGAUGCUCUCCAAUGAGAAGGAACUUGAAAAGAUCCAGAAGAAGAGGCACCUGGAUUUUCUGGACAUUCUUCUUUGUAGCAAGGAUGCAAAUGGAGUUGGCCUGUCCGAUGAGGACCUGCGUGCUGAGGUGGACACCUUCAUGUUUGAGGGUCACGACACCACAGCCAGUGGCAUCUCCUGGCUCUUCUACUGCAUGUCACUGCACCCCGAGCACCAGCAGCGGUGCAGGGAGGAGAUCCAGGCCAUCCUGGGGGACCGGGACACCAUUGAGUGGGAAGACCUUGGGAAGAUGACCUACACCACGAUGUGCAUCAAAGAGAGCCUACGCCUCUUCCCACCAGUUCCCAGUGUGUCCCGACAGCUCUCCAAACCCGUCACAUUUCCUGAUGGACGCAGCUUGCCAGCAGGCUGCCAGGUUGGACUGAACAUAUUUGCUAUUCACAGGAACCGGGAUGUCUGGGAGGACCCUGAGGUUUAUGAUCCCCUGAGGUUUUCUCCAGAGAACUCAUCACAGAGGCACUCCCAUGCUUUCCUGCCUUUUUCUGCUGGAUCCAGGAACUGCAUCGGGCAGCAGUUUGCCAUGAAUGAGAUGAAGGUGGCUCUGGCCUUGACCCUGCUGCGCUUCCAGCUCUACCCAGACCCAUCCAGGCUUCCCAUAAUGAUACCACAGAUCGUCCUCAGGUCCACAAAUGGGAUACACCUGAAUUUGAAGAAGAUUUUCUGAUCUCACAGAGUACCAUGGCAGGGGGGCAAGAGCUCUCCCAAGGGACACCCUCCACCCAGAGGUUUAAGAAGGCAUCACCAAACAGACUCAGAGUGGCCACAUUGGACCUUUCCCAUAUUAACCCCUGUCCCAAGGUUUUCCAGAGGGGCUCGCUGAGGCCACAAACACCAAAGCCAGCAGGUCCAGUUCUCCUCCUUGCAGGGGGAGCAGCACUGCUAAGGGGGUGUUCCACAGUGUGGCUGUGGCUCAUCCUUCACCCCCCAGGCAUCCUCCAUGUCCUGCCCAUCUCCUCAUCUCCAACCUACCCUCAUAGGCUCCCUGACAGGACUCCUGUCACCUGCCUGUGGAUAUGUCCCAUUGCCAGUUCCCCGUUUGGGCAUGGCAGUGAACCCCCCCAGCAUGGUUUGCAGGGAAGCCUGAGGCACAGUCCCUGCCCUGCCUCCAGCCUGGGUGUGCAGGGCCAGGAGGGCUCCUCACUGCAUCCCCACACACCGCCCUCCCAACCAUUCCUGUUCUGGGGCUGGCACUGUGCCCACCAUUAUGGAGAUGAAUGCCUGUGGUUCCUUUCUGCCCCAGCUUUGAACUUCCUUCAGCUGAGAGGGCUCAGGAGCCAGCACAGAAAAUGCCACUAGCUAACCUGAGGAAGCACGUGGCACACUGGAAACAGCAUUGUUCUCCCUCUGAAGUGAGAAUAAAGCCUUGUGGCGAUGAUCUCCAAGCAUGUCUUAUGCUCCCUUUGCAUUUGGGGGACCAGAAGGGCACAAGAGGAGUCCCAGCAGGCCAGAGGCAAGGCUGCACCCAAGGGUGCAGCACUGUCAGUGUUUUCUCAAACCACAAGCACUGUUGCCAUGCACCCUGUUGAGCCUGUUUCCACACAUCCCACACCCAUCAGGGUAAAUUCAGGCACAAAGGCCUGUGCAGCUUUCACCCACAGCACUGGCAUCACCAGAAUCCCUGCAGGCACCAACAUAUUUAAACCAUAUCUGUCUGUCUGGGCAGC